GUGUGAACCAACUGUAGCAAACCGUACAAAUUCUCCACAGAUAUUUUUCUAUAAAAUUAGGCUCUUCCUUUCAUGUAUCUUUGUCGUGUUCUCUCAGAGAAAAAUUAAAGAGCCUCGAAGAUUCCACAGAGUUGUCUCUCUCUCUCUCUGUCUCUCACUCUUGCAGAUUUUAGCUUCUGAAAAUUUCACAGCCCUAAACAAAGAAAAGAUGAGCAAAUUCUGGACUUUCCUCACUGCUCUUCAUUCAGGCGCUGGGCCCCUGGUGAUGCUGCUGUAUCCAUUGUACGCAUCGGUGGUAGCAAUGGAGAGCGCGACGAAAGUAGACGAUGAACAGUGGCUAGCGUACUGGAUCAUAUACUCGUUCCUGACACUAUCGGAGCUGAUUCUGCAAUCGCUGCUUGAGUGGAUUCCAAUCUGGUACUCUGUGAAACUCGUGUUCAUCGCUUGGCUUGUUCUUCCUCAGUUCCAAGGAGCCGCUUUUAUCUACAACCGUUUGGUCAGAGAACAGUUCAAGAAACACGGCGUCUUCCGCUCCUCUUCCCACCAUUCCAAGCACAACAACAAGCCCAGCCUCCUCCAAUCCAUUUUCCCCCAUCGGGAGGGACAUGGACACGAGGCUCACUCUCACUGACGCAAAAAAAAUGAGGAGUAAGUUGACGUAAGAAGCUUUGCCGAAGUAUUGUAAUGGAGUUUGUGGUGGUCCCUGUCAUGUCUAAAGUCUAAUCUCACUUUUGCUUUUGUUUUAUUUUAUAUUUAUAAAAAAUGUGUUUGGGAAUGAUGACUGAUGAGGAGUGUAAUCGUAUUAAAUUAGAGAUGGGAUCUAGACUUGUUGUUGUAUCGCUUCGCUUCCACGCGUAUUAGGAAGUAUUUAAUCUCUAAUGUAAUUCUAAG